AUGGCCAACAAAGAGACCCAAACCUCCCUGUCCCCGCACAACACCCGUCAAUCAGCACAUGAUUCGACUAGCCUGCGGACCAUGUUCGACGAUGGCGACACAUACGACGUGGCCGAUGCGUUAGAAAGCAACAGGGGCUCUGCAGAGAACAAGCCCGAGAGAUCUCCAAAUGAGAACGAAAGUGAAAUCGUGGACUGGGAUGGCCCGGAUGAUCCGGAUAUGCCCAAGAAUUUCCCCACAUGGAGAAAGUGGGUGAUCACGAUAAUGCUAGGAAUGAUGACAAUCUGCGUUACAUUCGGCUCUUCGGUCUUCAGCACAGCAACAAAACCGACGGCGAAAAAGUUCGGCGUCUCACCAGAAGUCAUGGUGUUAGCUGUCAGUUUGUUCGUCCUGGGUUUCGCCUUUGGCCCUAUUAUUUUCGGUCCCCUGUCUGAACUGUACGGCCGGAAGCGACCGAUGUUUCUGGGCAUGUUUGUGUUCGCAAUAUUUCAGAUCCCCGUCGCGGUAGCCCAGAACUUGCAGACUAUCUUCAUAUGUCGCUUUCUGGGCGGGCUUUUUGCAAGCGCGCCUCUUGCCAUUGUAUCCGGUAUCUUGGCCGAUAUGUUCGAGCCCGUGGAGCGAGGGAUUGCAAUGGCCAUCUUCGCCGCGGCAACCUUCAUCGGCCCGGUUGCUGGACCAAUCAUCGGGGGGUUCGUAACAAUGUCCUACCUGGGCUGGCGAUGGACGGAGUACAUUACAGCUAUUUGGGCAUUUGCCAUCGCUGGAAUCGGAGUCCUGAUAAUCCCCGAGACGUUCGAGGGGACGUUGCUUACGCAACGCGCCAAGCGACUGCGCACCAAAACCAAGAACUGGGCUCUCCAUGCAAAAGCAGAAGAGAAGAUAGUGAGUUUCCAGAAUAUUGCGGUACAAUAUCUCCUGCGCCCGUUUCAAAUGCUUGUGCAGGAACCCAUUCUUCUGCUUAUUACCCUGUACGUGGGUUUUAUCUAUGGAUUUCUGUACACAUGUUUCGUGGCCUACCCGAUCUCGUUCCAAGAAGAGCGUGGAUGGAAUGAUGGCGUUGGAGCAUUGCCGUUUGUCGCUGUUAUAUGUGGUGUCUUUUGCGCUUGUUUAAUUAUCAUUGCGUUCUCAUUGACGCGGUAUAGAACGUUCAUCCUUCGCAAUGGCCGAGUUCAGCCAGAGGAGCGGUUGAUUCCUAUGGUUAUUGGAGGUAUCCUGUUGCCCGCGGGCAUGUUUUGGUUUGGCUGGACUUCAAAUCCGCACAUCACUUGGGUUCCGCAGGUCGUAUCUGGGGGCUUCUUGGGGUCCGGGGUACUAUUGAUUUUCUUGCAGGGCCUUAACUAUAUCGUUGAUGUGUAUCCCAUGUAUGCAAACUCUGCGAUGGCAGCCAACUCUUUCUUUCGUUCAUGGCUGGGGGCUGGAUUUCCGAUGUUCGCAUCUGCAUUGUUUCACAAUUUGGGCGUCGCUUGGGCGAUGACCUUGCUAGGUUGUCUGACUGCCGCGUUGUUCCCUGUGCCCAUUGUGUUUUUCAUAUAUGGGCCAAAGAUACGAUCAUGGAGUAAGUUUACUGUGAAGGAAGAAUGA